UGGAUCCGAUCAACCGCAUUUUAACAGAGUUGUUCCAUCCUUCCAGUGUUGAACCGGGCGUUGGACACGCUAAUGUGUGUGUAAGACAGAGGGGGUUGUGUGGACAGAGAAAGGAAAAGAGAGAGAGAGAGAGAGAUCGUGGAAGAGAGCGAGCGCGCAAUCCAGGUUGGCGCAGGCACCGGUCCCGGAGAACGGAGCGUUGUGCACGGUGGCAGCAUGGCCUCGUCUCACGGGAGAAGCGACUUGCGCUUCGCGGACUGGAUGGCAAGUUUACCGCAGAGCAUGCACACCGUCCCGCUCGCCAACAUGGCUAUCCCAGGUUCUCACGACUCCUUCAGUUUCUACAUUGACGAGGCAUCCCCAGUGGGCCCCGAACAGCCAGAGACAGUCCAGAACUUUGUGUCUGUUUUCGGUACGGUAGCCAAGAAGCUAAUGAGAAAGUGGUUGGCCACGCAGACUAUGAACUUCACUAGCCAGCUGGAGGCCGGGAUCCGUUUCUUUGACCUGCGCAUCUCCACCAAGCCCCGUGACCCCGACAACGAGCUGUACUUCGCCCACGGGCUCUUCAGUGCCACGGUCCGCGAGGGUUUAGAGCAGAUCAGCAGUUUCCUAUCAGCACAUGCCAAAGAAGUUGUUUUCCUGGAUUUCAACCACUUCUACGGUGUACAGAACCUGCACCACGAAAAGCUGGUGGCCAUGCUGAAAGAAGUUUUUGGAGAAAAACUCUGCCCAGUGGUCUUUGCACAAGAGGUGACUCUUAAGUAUCUUUGGGAGAAGGAGUACCAGGUGCUGGUCUUCUACCACCACCCCAUGGCCCUGGAGGUUCCCUUCCUGUGGCCUGGCCAGAUGAUGCCUUCUCCGUGGGCCAACACCACCGACCCAGAGAAGCUCGUUCAGUUUCUCCAGGCAUCUGUAACUGACCGCAGGAGGAAGGGAACGUUCUUCGUCUCCCAGGUGGUUCUGACACCAAAGGCAAGUACUGUUAUGAAGGGCGUGGCCAGCGGACUGAGGGAGACGAUAACGGAAAGGGCGUUACCAGGCAUGAUGCAGUGGAUCAGAUCUCAAAGGCCCGGGGAGAAUGGCAUCAACAUUAUUACAGCCGAUUUUGUUGAGCUCGGUGAAUUCAUCAGCGCCGUCAUCAGCCUCAACUAUCAUCACCUGAAUGAAGACGAAGAUGACGAUGCAACCUGAGAGCCCAUGUUGGGACAUCAGAGAGCGCAGUUGCCACCACCGAAUAACGGGUGUUCUGGGCUCUGCUCUCAAUCUACACUCUUUGGCAUUUAUUUCAGGAGGGAAGCAAUGUUGCGGCUCCUUUCUCUUUAUUUAGGGCUAUAGUGGACUGAGAGAUCAGGGAGGAUGAAGAAGAGACCGAGAUUAGGCUGGUGAAAAAAUACACUGAUGGUUGGAGUACUUUGAGAAUGAGGUUGAUUUGUUUCCUAUUUUUGGGAUCAAGACUUUUUUUUAUUUCCAGACUUAGUGGUGAUGUAAGUUACUCCCUUGGCUGUAAAAAUAUCCGCUGUUCCCACAAAUAUACCAUUUCCAGGCUCGCAACUCUAACACAGGUUUUCAGAGCAUAAUUACCUUCAACUGACUUUACUUUUACAUCCGUCUUGAUAUUCUAGUGAUGAUAACAGUUUUGCCAGAGGGUGUUUUAAAUGAAUAUAUGUAACUGAAAUCGUAAAUUGUAGCUAGCUCUCGUAUGUCCCGUUUGAAAAAUCAGUCCAAGUGCAGUCGUUUUUUUGUUGUUUUUUUUUCCAGACAAUAUGCAUCCCCUUUCAUGUCACUGCAGGUGUUUUGCAAACGCUUCUCCUGAGGUUUGGCUGCAGAGUGUCAUAAAAAUGUGGUGUUCCGGUGUGUUUAUUCAUUACACUGACACGAAAGAAAUCAUUUCCAUAUUUGUCCUCCAGCAGUAAUAUUUCAAUGAGGUUUUUACUCAGUAGUGAUUUGCACUGAAGUUGGAAUUACAGCUGUCAUUUAUCAGACAGUCCUAUAGGCAGCUGUGGAUUGAUUGAUUAAAACCGUGGAUUUGCUCAUUUAUAACCACACAGGAAGGGAGAGACAGAGUGCAGCUUGUCUAACUGGCGAAUAAUAUCUAUGCUGUUGGUGCAUAUAUAUUCUCUCCAUCUUCAUUUGACAAUUAUUUUCCCAUUUUCAUAACAAGCAUCUACUUGCUCUGUUAGAAAUGCACUUAGAUGCACUUACUCCCUCUUUUCUAAUGGUUAAACAUCCAACUGUUUGUUCUACUACAUGGUGGAUUCUAAGUUGCGAAAUGAUUAUAUUUUGGUACAUGACUGUACCCACAGUUUUUCUGCGACUAACUUGACCUUUGUAUGUUUGUUUGUCCUUCUUUCUAUAUUGCAGCACGUAUGAGUCACUGUGCAAUGUUCUCCUUCAUAAUAACGGGCGAUAACACUUCUUAGCAGUGACUUAGCAACUUAAUUCAAGUCAGAAAAUUAUAGACAUGAUAGCUUAAGCAGUCCAAAUGUGGCCACCUUGCAGUACAAACACUUUAAUUCACAGAAUUUUGGGUCACAGUUUGAUGCUAACCUAUGGUUAAUAAAAAAUGGUAGUUAUGAGCUCAGUAAAAUACAUUCCACCUUCCCAGGAUUACAUGCACUCACCAAUAAUAUUCCAAACAUCAAUAUACUAUAUCCCUUAACAGUGAUGUUUUGUUCCAGCUGUAGUUUCUGCAGUUUAGCCUUAAUAUGCUUCUCCAGCAAGCAUUAACUCUGUUAAAAGGAUAGUACAGAAUUUUUAAAAGUUACUUUAAGUAAAGUUAUCAGUAAUGCACUGUGUAGGGAAAUACUAUACAGCAGCGAGCUUGUUAAAAAUACAUAAAAUCUGCAGUUCGGUGGCAGCUGACAGCUAGCCAGACAGACGCCUCUUUUAGUUAUGUUAGAGAUUUAAAAUGACUCAAACUGAAAUGGUGGAUAGUCAUAGGAUUCAGUGCUACAUUACCGUAUAUUUGGAGUCUACUGCACUGCAAGCCAAAGUUGUGAGGUUUGCAGAUGUUUUGUCUGCUGAACAACUGCAGCUGCUGGUUGCCUCUGCUGCCUCAAAGACUGAACCAUGUCUUUAAGAAAGUUACUAUAAAGUUCUGACAACACAUCACUGAAAACUCACGAAAAACAUCUGUCACAUACAGCUACAAUCAUAGAAAAACAGACAUCUUGAUCCUGCUUGUUGAUAAUUUACUUAACAUAUUUCAGAGAGGUUUCAGUUAACCUCACGCAAAAAAAAGCAACGGAAAACAUUUUUCUAAUUCUUUUGCUUUAAAUCUCAUACAAUUUAAAUACUAGAAUUGCUUUCCACAUACUUAAUUGUCUAAGCUGGCAACUGUUUGGGGAUGUUUUAAACGAGUUGCAUAUCACAUAUGCAAGUCUAGUAAAUGACUAAUUGGUGGGUCAUUCGGUGCGUGAAAAGUUCUUCCCCUGUUUUAAUAACUUUAAAUUACACAUGUAUAGAAGGACAAAUGGUCACGGCAGCAAUCUCAUGUUUACUAUGAACGCAGUAUAAUGGGUUAAAAACAUUCACCUUGUUGAAAACCCAGGUUUUCAAGAUCAACAAAUUAAUAUCCAUUUCACACAGUGUUGCAUUGUAACAAUAUCAUAGUUUUUCAAAAUUUACUGUGCAAAACUAAUUUGCAAUGAGUAGCCUAACCACAGGUGUAAUGGUUGGGACAUCCCUACAGCUAUAAUUUAAGGGUUUUAAAGUUAAAAUGGAAAAUAUGCAGGAAAAUAAUCAUUUGAAGCUAAUAAUUAACAUGGCAUUUUCUCACGAGAAUGUAAACUCUUCUGGUAAAGGACGUAAGGAUGUUCUGGUAAAGUUUGCCAUUUAAAAAAAUGUUACUCAGCUGAAUUGCUGAAUGUGCGUUUUGUGAGUAAAUGUAUCAUUUCUCAAGAAGUUUCAUCUGAGUGACAGAUUCAGCCUAACAUGUUUGUAGUAUCUGCUCCAGUACUUUCACUUCUGUGAGGUUCUGAGUUAUGUCAAACACUUUAUAUUGUGGAAUGUUUCUACAUUCUGUAACUGUGCAAAUUACUAAUGCAUUCUCCUAUAACUGGUACAACAGAGCUGAUGUUAACUUUCAAAUCUCUUUUGUACUUCACUUUGUGCAUGAAUGAAAAGCUUUUUAGAAUUCAUCAGGUUUCUUUGCAUCUACAUCGAUUUUUACAUUAUUUCCCUGAAGAGCAUGUGUCCAUUUUAACUGUAAAUGUUUCUAUCUUUUAAGGUGAAAAUCUCUUCAUUUUUACUUAUUUCACUGCCAAAACCCCACUGAAGAGAAGGUUGUAGAUUGUGUUGUAAGGACAUUUGUGUCUUUCCCUGGUCCAAACUGUUGUCAUUGCACUUGUUUUUUGAUGUGAAAAGAGUCCUUUGCUGUUGUAAAAAUCCAAACCAUACUGCUCAAAUUAAAGUUACUCUGUUCUAUGUGGAAAAUGGCCAAUCAAAUAAAGCUUCUAUGCCUUUGG